AUGGUGGUGCUACAAAGUUAUCUAGCACUGGUGCUAGGGUUGUUGAUACCACGCUCCCUUGCAUUCUCUCGUGAAACCGCCUCUCAGGUCAAGGGCGCAUAUAUUGUCGAAUUUAAAGAUAAUAUCAAAAUCACUGCCGACGACUUCAUCGCAGAAGUUAAGUCGAAAGAAAAACUUUCGUUGACCCGACGUUUUGAAUAUACGUCGUCUAUUUACAGAGGGCUUUCUUUCGUCCUUGACGACAAAAAAAAUGUCGAGGCCGCCGUUGCAAAGAUCUCUGCCAUGCCAGCUGUGAAAAACAUAUUUCCUAUUCACGCUGAUACAGUAACGGCACCACCAAAUCUGGAACCAAGACGCUUUGUACCUCACGGCCGCUCUAAACGUAGCUCUGAGGCCAGCCCUGAACAGUAUGUUGAGGAGCCCUGGCAUAAGAUUACAGGUGUGGACCGCCUUCGGAAGCUAGGGUACACUGGGAAGGGCAUAACAGUCGCUGUUCUGGACGGUGGCGUCGAUUAUAAACACCCUGCUCUUGGUGGGUGUUUUGGAAAGGGCUGUCUUAUCUCCUUUGGACGCGACUACAUUUAUAACCAAACCACUCCCCUUGAAUCAACUGGUUAUCAUGGAACCCAUGUCACGGGAAUUAUCGCUGCUCAGAAAAACCCUUUUAAUUUCACUGGAAUUGCCCCUGGCGUGACCUUGGGCCAUUACCGCAUUCUUACAGAGCGUCCAGAGCCACCGCAUUUCCUGGGAGACGUCGUUGUUCAUGCAUUACUGGACGCAUUUGAACAUGGGGUGAAUAUUAUUACAGCUUCAAUUGGCGCCGUCUCGGGUUGGAGCUACGGGCCCGUCGCACUCCUUGUGGAGAGAUUAACGGAAAAAGGUGUCGUAUGUCUCUUCGCAGCCGGGAAUAACGGUGUUAAUGGUGCCUACCUCACAAACCAUAAUCUGGGUGGGCUUGACAGCAUUGGAGUUGGCUCUGUCCAUAAUACUGAAAUACCAGCUCUUCUUGCUACCGGAUUUUAUACUACCUCAGAUGGCAAAAAGGGGGAGUUUGGCUGGAACAGAAGAGCCGACUUCCGCAAUGGAACGUAUGGUCUCACGAUGAUCGGCCCUGAUGCCUGCAAUCCUCUACCAUCCAACAUCAGCCUUUCUGGUAAGACCGUAUUGAUUGCGAGGAGCAAAUGCAACAUUCAAGAACAAAUCAUCAACCUUUCAGCCCGGAAAGCGGAAAACGUUAUCGUAUACAAUAACGAUGAUAACGUCGAAAUCACUGUCCGUGAUCUUGAAGAUAGCGGUAAUGAUAUUUCUCGGCCAGCCAACAGUACCAUUCAUGGCAUUGCAUUUCUGCCCAAAUCUUUCGGCGAUGCUCUGAAGUCCGUCUUAGCAACUGGGCCUGUGAAUAUCACUAUGACAAGCUGGUCUUCAUCGCCUCCACUGUUUCAUGUUCAGAGGCACCCCCCCUAUCCAAGGGCAGUCACAUACUCUUCACAGUGGGGUCCGUCGAAUUCUUUGCGCUUCCUUCCCACAGUCCUUGCACCUGGAGAAUACAUCUUUUCGACAGUUCCUCGCAAAAUUGGUGGCUAUAGGACCGAUAGCGGUACUUCUAUGGCUACCCCAUAUCUUGCUGGUAUUGUUGCACUUCUUAUGGAAGCACGGGGAACACUUUCUCCUGCCGCCAUCAAUUCACUGCUCAGUACUACUUCACACCAACUGCCUCAUUUUGAUGGGGACAAUAUCCAACCAUAUCUGAGCCCAGCAAUAAAGCAAGGGUCGGGUCUCGUUGAUGCCUACCGAGCCCUCAAUACUAUGACAAUAAUCAAGCCUUACAACAUCCACUUCAAUGAUACAAAACACAUGCCGAAAUAUGUUUCGCUUUCUAUCUUAAAUACUGGCACGUCUCCCAUAACCUACAAGAUUGGGCAUGUGCCUACCCAGACAGUGUAUUCACUAAAUGAUAAUUCUUCCACCCCCCCAAACGUCCCCGACAUUCAAAUGGUGCCUGUUUUUGCGACGCUCACUUUUUCUCAUUCCACCGUCACCGUCUCUCCAGGUCAAAAUGUCACCAUAAAGGUGAGCGCUAAACUUCCUGAAGGGUUGGAAAAAUCCAGAAUUCCUCUGUACAGUGGCUAUGUGACGCUCAAUAGCACAGAAGGGCCGCUUGUUGUUCCCUAUCUUGGGGCUGCUGGGGUGAUGCGAGAUGCUCCUGUUCUCGAUAGUACUCAUCCCAAAAGAAAUUAUCUCCACACCGGCGCAACUGGACCCCCCGUCAAAGAGGGACAAGUUUUCUAUCUCAGCCCCUCUAAUACACCAGAUGGCGACACAGACAUUUGCCCUACAUUUGCCUGGUGGAUGUCCAUGGGAACUCCUCUCUUCGAUUUCAAAGUUGUGUUGGCAAGCAAUCACACCGCGUCAGCAAAUGAUUCUACGAGUGGGGUAAUCGGCUCCGUCGAGCACUUUCCACAAAGGUUUCAAGAAAGAAACUUUCUCGAUACCCUCAGUAGUCAUUUUAAUGGUAGGCUAAACAAUGGGAAGCGUGUGCCGGAAGGCCUUUACUUUUUGCGUGCUCGUGCGUUGAGAAUCAACGGAGAUGAGAAGGAUGCAAACGAUUGGGAUAUCAUUGAGACUCCUAGAUUCGAAAUCCGGUAUCGCCUACAGGGGAACAAUACGUCCCCGGCCCGUUCUCCUUAG